GCCAUAGCAGAAAGCGGAUUUGCCUUAGGCAACAAAAAAACAGGAUGGAAAAUAUCAAAAUAUCAUAAUCCAACCAAAAGAAAAUAUCAACAUUGAUUUUCUUCUUCUUCUUCUUCCCAAGUGAACAUCAAAAUUUCAAUCACAGAGCAACUGUAUCCAACAAGCAAGAAAUAUGUUGGGCUCUAUAGUCUCAAUUUAUCAGUUCACUGUACCAAACCAAUUUCGGCAUCACCAUUUCUUUCCAUACAAUCCCACUUCCACUUCCAGAUGGAGGUGGCAGAGAUCGACUACUGUGGUCAAGUGUUGUAAGAGGGCUGAGCAAAGAUUAAGAAAAGACAAGAAUUACUAUGAGUUGCUUGGUGUUUCUGUGGAUUCAAGUACCCAGGAUAUCAAAGAAGCAUACAGGAAGUUGCAAAAGAAAUAUCACCCAGAUAUUGCUGGCCAAAAGGGUCAUGAAUAUACUCUAAUGCUGAAUGAGGCUUAUAAGGUGCUGAUAAAGGAGGGUCUGAGAAGAGAGUAUGAUUCUUCUAUUGGCCAAUUGAGAGUUAGUUUUGGGAGAAAUGUCACUGACUUGGGUUACAGCUCUUGGAAUGGCCCUUUAAGACCCCAUGCUCUGUUUGUUGAUGAAAAUGCUUGCAUAGGGUGUACAGAAUGCGUCCACCAUGCGAACAACACAUUCAUGAUGGAUGAAGCUCUUGGGUGCGCACGAGUCAAAGUUCAAUACGGAGAUGAUGAGAGAAAUAUACAGGUGUCAAUUGAUUCAUGUCCUGUGAAUUGCAUCCACUGGGUGGAGAGAGAAGAGUUGGCAGUGCUUGAAUUUUUAAUUAGGCCUCAACCAAAAGAAGGGUAUGGAGUAUUUGGACAAGGCUGGGAAAGGCCUAAAGAUGUUUUCAUGGCAGCCAAGGCUUUCAACAAGCAGCUCCAACAAGAAGCUACAAAUCAUCAAAGAAAUGCACAGCAAACUGUUGUUGAAGAAGAAACCCCAGCCCAAGCAGAGGCUCGAGAAAGUGCAAGUAUGAAAUUGCAGAUGGGCAGAUUCUCAAGAAUUUGGAACUGGGUUCAUGAAAUCUUGGGCUAAUGAGUUCCCUAGAUAGAUGCUAAUUUAAAAUAUGUAAAUGAUUAAAGCUAUGGGCUUGAGCAUAGAUAUAUAAACAUCUGUAUAUAAAAAUUUCACUUUCAUCAGAACGAUAUACAUAUAUCUUGAUGAUGUGCAGUUCCAUUGACAAUUCAUU